AUGGCCAAUUUGACUUCAGUGAAUGGAUUCUUCCUUAUGGGGUUUUCUGAUGAUCGUAGAUUUCAGAUUUUACAUGCACUGCUGUUUUUGGUUACGUAUCUGCUGGCUUUAACAGGCAACUUCCUCAUUAUCACCAUAAUUACCUUGGAUCAUCGCCUCCAUUCCCCCAUGUAUUAUUUCUUGAAGCAUUUAUCCCUUCUUGACCUAUGUUUCAUCUCUGUUACUGUACCCCAGUCCAUUGCAAACUCUCUUGUGAACAAUGGUUACAUUUCCUUUGGUCAGUGCAUUCUUCAGGUUUUCUUCUUCAUAUCUUUAGCUUCAUCAGAAGUUGCCAUCCUCACAGUCAUGUCUUAUGACCGGUAUGUAGCUAUAUGUCAACCACUGCGAUAUGAAACUAUUAUGGAUCCUUGUUCUUGCAAGCAUGCAGUUAUAGCUGUGUGGGUUGCUGGGGGUCUCUCUGGGCUUAUGCACACAAUUGUUAACUUCUCUAUUCCUCUUUGUGGAGACAGAAUCAUUCACCAAUUCUUCUGUGAUGUUCCUCAGAUGUUGAAACUAGCUUGUUCUUACGAAUUUAUUAAUGAAAUUGCAGUGGCUGCAUUCACAACUUCAGCAGCACUUGUCUGUUUGGUCUCCAUUAUAUUAUCCUAUAUUCGCAUCUUUUCUACAGUGCUGCGGAUCCCAACAGCUGAAGGACGAACCAAAGUUUUCUCUACUUGUCUGCCACACCUAUUUGUAGUCAUCUUCUUCCUUUCAGCUGCAGGAUUUGAGUUUCUAAGGCCUCCUUCUAAUUCCAUUUCAGCUAUGGACCUCAUGUUCUCCAUAUUCUAUACCGUGAUUCCUCCAACACUCAACCCAGUUAUUUAUAGUUUACGAAAUGAAGCCAUGAAAGCUGCUUUGAGAAAAGUACUAUCAAAAGAAGAAUUUUCUCAGAGAAAGACACAUUUAAAAGCCAUGUUUAAACUCUAA